AUGGCAACUCAGACCGACUUCGCGGCUUCCGCGUCCAUACUGCUGAGCAUCCUGUCGAUUUUGGUUACUUUGGUGACCAUUCCGAUGAUAUUCCAGAAAGGGUCGAGAAUUCAGGAUAGUUUGGAAGAGAGAGUCAUUCGUUUCAAAGAAGUGAGCGAUGAGGCGUGGUCUGAAUUGUCAAUACUGCACAGCGAAAACCCAAUGAGGGUGAGGAAAACGAGACAGGUCGAACGCGGAUUUUGUGAAUGUUACGACGAAAACCCUUGUCCUCCUGGGCCACCAGGACCUAGAGGCGAACCGGGCGAAGACGGUCCGCCCGGAAAGCGAGGACCCAAAGGCGAAAAGGGUAGACCAGGAGUUGCACCAAGCAUCGUCGCGAAAGAACCGGAAUCAUGCCGUGUUUGUCCGCCUGGACCUAAGGGGCCGCCAGGCAACAAGGGUGCUAGAGGACCACAGGGACCACCUGGUCCACCAGGAAAUCCUGGCCCAGACGGCAAAGACGGCAAAACUGGACCUCGUGGACCCGAAGGACCGCCAGGCGAGAAAGGUCCCAUUGGUGAACGAGGACCUAAAGGUAUUCCAGGAAAAGAUGGUAUCAGGGGAAUCAAAGGCCCAGUUGGUCCCCAAGGUCAACGCGGCCCCGAAGGUCAGAAAGGUCCGACAGGAUCGUCUGGUAAACCUGGCAAAAAUGGCCAGAUGGGUGAACCGGGACCUCAGGGAGAACAGGGACCGCCGGGAGAUGACGGUGUUGACGGAGUACAGGGACCACAGGGUCCACCUGGCGGACCGGGCAAAGACGCCCAGUACUGCCCUUGUCCCAAGCGUACUUUCAGGAAGCAGCGGCAGUGA